GGAAGGAAAUAUUACAGGCUUGAAUAACGCGUCUGUCCUGCAUAAUAGAAGACAACAUUUAGUGUAUAUCCCACGUUCAUUCUGCUGGGGUUUUCUGAGACUGCUCCGGCUGUAUACUUUUGCAAAGCUCAUCAACAUCUUCAGCCACUUCAAACACAUCAUGCCACAAGAGGAGGGAGCCUAGCUGCUUUUGGCAUUUUAAAAAGACGCUGAUCAAAGAAGAAGUCAAAACUGCAGUAAAGAAAACGCCUUCAGUAAGACAGUGAGUUUCUUGAGUGAAUCAGAAGACUCCACCGGACCUGUGCCCUGGAAACAACACCAUUUGACUGACAACUAUCAGAGUGACUGCUGACCUCACAGUUGUAAUUGUUGUUUAAAAAAAGAAGAAAUGUGUGGGCAUCUCUGGUGACCUGCUGGGUAGCAGUGGUCUUCUUGUGCUUUAGUAGGAGUGGCUGAACCACGAUUACCAUAGUGGGACAAUGGCACGGCCAGGCUCUGGGGUGCUGGUGUCAGUCAACGGGCUGGGGUACCCCCCUCAGAACCUGGCCCGGGUGGUGGUGUGGGAGUGGCUGAAUGAACAUGGGCGCUGGCGGCCCUACAACGUGACAACUUGCCACCACAUAGAGAACGUACUGAAGGGGGAUGCGCGGGGGACUGUGGUCCUUGGACAGGUGGAUGCCCAACUUGCCCCUUACGUCAUAGACCUGCAGUCCAUGCACCAGUUCAGACAGGACACAGGCACCAUGAGGCCGGUCCACAGGAACUUCUAUGAGCCGUCGUCGGCCCCGGGGAAGGGUGUGGUGUGGGAGUGGGAGAACGACAGCGGCUCCUGGACGCCCUACGACAUGGAGAUCUGUGUGACCAUCCAGAACGCCUAUGAGAAGCAGCACCCCUGGCUGGACCUGACCUCUCUGGGCUUCUGCUACCUCAUUGACUUCAACAGCAUGGUCCAGACAAACCGGCAGAGCCAGAGGAAACGCCGCCUGCGCCGACGCAUGGACCUAGCCUACCCUCUCAUCAUGGGCUCCAUCCCCAAGUCCCAGUCUUGGCCCGUGGGAGCCAGCUCCGGCCAGCCCUGCCCCUGCCAGCAGUGCAUCCUGGUCAACAGCACACGGGCUGCCUCAAAUGCAAUCCUGGCCUCUCAGCACCGUAAGCUGUAUGGGGGGGCUACCGGGCCUUCGGGGGCUACAGGCACGCUCACCGUGGUACGGCAGAGUAACACCUUCGCUGGAACCACCCUCUGGUCCCCCACCUCUAGUGCUGGGACCAAUAAUAUACAACAUAACAACAUAAGCGCAGGAGGAGGCCAAGCCAAAGCUGAACAGGUGCAGUCUCUCCUGUCUAGUGCCAACUUUCCAUGUUCCCCGGCGCUGCCGUCCCUUCCGCCUGCACAUGGCCACUCCCACGCCCACGCACAAUCCCACGGUCACCAUGCCAUCAUCAAUGGGCAGAACAACCUGAACCGGCCGGGCACCCAGCGCAUUUCCAUGGGCACUGCCAGAGGAGCCAUCCCACCAGGGGUCCCUCCCCUCCCUGUUAAGAACCUUACUGUCUCUGGACCAGUUCACCCAGCAAUUGCAGGUAUUACCGGUAUCCUGAUGUGUGCGGCUGGCCUGCCUGUGUGUCUGACCAGGGCCCCUAAACCCAUUCUGCACCCGCCGCUCAUAAACAAGAGUGACAUGAAGCCUGUGCCUGGGGUCAACGGCAUCCGCCGCAAGACCAAGAAGAAGCACCUCAGGAGAGGGAAAACCCCAGAGGAUGUGGUGCGGCGAUACACAGAGAAAGUGAAAGUAGCCCCUGAUGAGGACUGCACCAUCUGCAGGGAGAGGCUGGUGAUGUCGUCAGGCUACGAGGGUGUCAAGGGCAUAAAGCCAGAGGUGGUGGGCAAACUUGGCAAAUGUGGGCACAUGUACCAUCUGCUGUGCCUGGUUGCCAUGUACAACAAUGGCAACAAGGAUGGCAGUCUGCAGUGCCCCACUUGUAAGGCUAUCUAUGGGGAGAAGACAGGCACACAGCCCCCUGGGAAGAUGGAGUACCAUGUCAUCCCCCACUGCCUGCCCGGCUACCCAGAGGCCAAGACCAUCCGCAUCGUCUAUGACAUUCCUGCUGGCCUACAGACCACAGAGCAUCCCAACCCAGGGAAGAAGUUCAGCGCUAGGGGGUUCCCCCGGCACUGCUACCUCCCAGACAAUAACAAAGGCAGGAGGGUCCUGAAGCUCCUGAUCAUGGCGUGGGACCGCCGCCUCAUCUUCACCAUCGCCACGUCCAGCACCACGGGAGAGUCAGACACAGUGGUGUGGAAUGAGAUCCACCACAAGACAGAGUUUGGCUCCAACCUGACGGGGCACGGCUACCCAGACCCCAACUACCUGGACAACGUUCUGACAGAGCUGUCAGCCCAAGGGGUGGGACAGGACAACCUGAAGGACUGAGAGAGGCCCAAGAGGACCACCUCCCAUAUCCAUAUCUGACAGGGCCUCUGAAUGAGGAUUCAACAUGCAGGCCAGAUAGCCGUCUUUUGCUCCCCACACCCAGAACAAACCUACAGACCCUCAUGUUCUGUAUGUGGGCAAACUAAUAUAUAGCAAAUGACAUAAUAAUGACACGAUAACGUCAUGAUUGUGUUAUACUGUUAUUUGCAUUUACCUAAACAUAAGUGUAAAACUUUUCCGACUGAUGUCUCUUUGUCCAUGCCUUGAGCAGGUGUGUUUUGCCAAAAUUUCAACCUGAUAGUUUAAAGGAAUGUAAAGACAGGAUUUAAAACUGAUCUCAAUGUGUACUGGCUAUUGUGGGGUUUAGACAUUGAUGCACAUCAACAGUCAUUGAUUCCUCUGAGACAGGAUAUUGAACCUCCUCUUCUGUACUGACAUCAUGGCAUUGGAGGAGAUGUCUGUUAAUGUUCACCACCGAAACAUAUGGCCCAGAGUUUGCAUUGAAUGUUGACCGCAUAACUGCGACUUUUGCUAAACAGUUGGCUAGGGCUCCAAAGGCUCUACAUGUCUGGCCACAUUUAUUCAACUUUUUUCAGAUGUGCAUUUUUGAAAGAAUAGGGAAGUGAUUUAUCAAGUUGUAGUUGGUGUUUGUGUGGAAAUCUUCAGGAGAAUUUUAAUAUGCAGAAUUUACUUAUAUAAUUUGAAAAGCAUGGUUGCAAUUCCAGAUCAGAAUUGCAUUAGUCUAAUUCACACCAAAUCUACACAGUUGAACUUAUGACAUCAGAUGUGGUUGCUAGUGAGAGUCUUUUAAAAGUGAGGCCUAUUGCUAGUUUUAGCUUGGUGGUUUUCCACACCAAAGCUGUCUGUAGAUCUGAGUGGACGGUCACGGCUAUGUGAUUCUCAGAAAGGAGAGAGGACAUCUCUGAUUGGCUACACAGGGCUGUUUCACAGGGCUUUGCGCCAUUGGCCAAUGAGUCUAUUGAUUGUUCAAAUGCACCACCUGACAGAGAGCCAGUCAGAGGAUCUGAGGACCCAGCCGUCUCACAGUAAAUGUCUAUUCUAAUGGUGUGCCAACCAGAGAGGAUGCCUUUGGAAGUGAAACCUGAUAUAGGUACAUACAUAAGCAUCUAACCGACCAGGUAGAUGUUUGUUAAAACAGUAUGCUCCUUAUUGAUAUUAACUCAUCCAUUUUAAUGAGUGGAGAUGUUGGUAUGAUCCAGAAGAGAUUCUUGUUGAGGUUUUUAUGGUGCGCCACCCAUUUCACAGGGUUUGAUCCUUUAAAUGCUUUUGAAUAUCUUCGACUGAAUCAUAGUCUUCCGUAGCACUUUGAGGCAGCAGUUUGCUUUAAUUAACCCUUUCAUUUUUGGAAGAUGUCUUUAAAUGUAUUGGCUACUAUAGCUGCUGUUUUUUAUUUUCAUGUUUAUAAACGUGUCUUGUAUUGCUUCAAAUAUAUAUACAGUAUAUAUCUAUACAUUUGCAAAUGUGAUCUACCUUUAAAUGUACAUUUAUGCUCAAUUUGAGUCAUAUGGUAUAAGUUUAAUUUAUUUUUAUACUCUUCUAUAUAAGAAAAUAAACAUUCACAUCUCCCCGCCCACAUAUCUAUAUACACACAGAAACAUGUCAAAUGAGUAGAUCACAUCUGGCAUAUGUGAUUUGCCAGUAUGUCAGGGACUGUUGAAAUGUGUAUGCUAGGUUAUGAGCGUCUUAUACUGUAUUAGCAGUAGUCUUAGCGUUUGCUGCUGUUGUUAAUGUAGAUUCUGUGAAGUGGAGCCUCUGAGAGAUUCAGUAAGUACAGCAGUUCCUCUUUAUUAUUGGCUGGGGGGAGUUUAGCAGCAUGACGUCGACCCUAUACCCCAGAUGGGUCAUUGACCAUAGAAUUCUAAUUCUGUUAUUUACCUUGUAUAACCUAAGAGAACCACUAGGAGGAUACUGUCAGUACCUCAAACGGGUGAGAAUGAAAAACAAGAGCCAUUUGGUCUUUUCAUUUCUUCUUUAUCCUUUUGCAAGUUGACACAUGUUAAGCUUUUUGUCACCCUCGUAAUAGGGAAAAACAUGAAAGAAAUGAUUUCAGUCUUAUCAGGGAAUUUUCCAUUUUAAGUGAGACUCAUUGAGUUGUACAGGGAAAAUGUUUUCAGUUAAUAUGUCAAGACCAGAUCAUGCUCAGAUUUCCAGUCUCCAAAUGCUUACAUAUGUACCUGUAAUAUUAAUCAAACAUUUCAUUGUCUAGGCCUCCUCAGCUUUUCAGGUGUGCACAUACAGUCCGUAUAUGUUCAGUGGUCUGUACAUGGGAGCUUAAUUGUGAGCAGACAUUUUAUGGUCUAGUUUUGGACAGAGGAAUAGAAUUUAUGCAAUUAUAUAUGCGACCAAUUUGUACCUUAUGUGUAGCAGGAGGGAUCAGGAGGUGUUGGGGACAGAAGAAUGGAUGUUCAACAUUCUGUAAGGCGUGUCCAUUUGUGACCAAAGGAGACAGUGAUCCAAAGGUAUAGCUCAAAUUCUCCAUAUAGGAGAACACAUAUUUUUGAUGUAUUUUUUAAAAGAUUGAUUGUUUUCAAUUGAGCAUUCAUAGUGUGCAACAUUGUUAUAUUACAGUAAUUAAAGAAACAUUCCAUACGAUUCUCCAUAGCAUAUAUUGAUUAGGUGUGGCAUCCUUUCUCAUGAGGAGUUUACCUCACAAUCAUAUUGAAAACAUUCAACAGCAUAUUGCACUUAUCUGUGUACACAGAUAUGUCUGCAACAAAUUGGUGUGUGUGUGUGUGUGUGUGUGUGUGUGUGUGCGCAUGUGUGUGUGUGCGCAUGUGUGUGUGUGAAAAUGCUUGGUUUAAACUUCUAAAAUAUUCAAACAGUAGACAUUUGGGGGCUGAAAUUUAAAAAAUGUCAUAGAAGUGCAUGUUACUCAAGAUGUCAACAAGUCUGCUGACAAGGCAAAAAUGUUCUAGGUGAAAAAUGUUAUGAAGUCAUUAGAGAUGUCAUCGAGCUGUGUCCUGUGUGGACUGGCAUGGUGGACUGCUCCAUACUUAUCUGUGUGUUUUGAUCUCUGAAGAGGGUUUGAUGGAAAGAGAUGAGCAUGAAAUAGCACUUUGCUGCUCCUCUCUCUGUUUCACAUAAAAGGUCAUCAGGUCAUCAUCUGCAUUUUCAAUGCCGAUUUUUUUUUACAGACAAAAUGUCAGAGAACAAUGUGGUUAUGGUUUAACAUUCACAUUUCAUUUCUCAUCAGAAGCAACAUAUUACAUAUAAAGCAUUCAAUUAAACACACAAAGAGAAAUGGAGAUUUGAAGUGUAAAAUAAAAUGAAUGACAAAAAAAUAAAGGCAAGAUUAGAGACAUUGAUUAGACAUUAAAGGGCUCUGAAUCUGAACCAGUCUUUAUUGGAUUGGGAUGAUUUUGUUGCAUGUUUGUUUGUUUCAUGUGGAAAAUAAAUGUGCCCUCAACGGGGUAGUUUGUUUGA